UCCUCUGGCACUUCAUUCACUGGUAUUUCUUGUGCAGUCUGACCACAGUUAUCCUCAAAACCAACAGAGUCAGCUUUGGGGCAAUGAGUGCUCCCUGUGCUGGCCUCUUGGCUCUGCCGAGAUUCAGCCGUCUCUGUUCCUUAUUUUUAAUUUCAGAAGAGAAGAAAAUUUUAAAAAAUCAAUAGUAUCUUCCUAUGCUAAUAAAUACUGGCAGAAUUCAGCAUUUAGGGACAGGUUCUAGUCUCAAGUUUUACCCCUGCAAAAAGCUGCUUGUGUUGAGAUCAAAUCCUGCAGUACAUACAGCCGGACCAUAUCUUUGAAUCCUGAAGUGCCCCAACUGCCAAAAUCAGAGGGUGACCUUGGGAAGUCAGAGCAGCUAGACGAAGUAACCUCCUUGAAUCCUGAAGGCCUAUAUUUACAAACACUGGCUGAGAUCUGUCUUCAGCUAUGCUGACUGCAAAACUGGAAGAGUCCUGAUGUAAAAAGGUGGCACCUUCUCCGGUGGUUUCUGAGCCAGGGAGAUGCCAGUGAAUCUGAUAUCUGAUAAUCCUCGAAGCUGUACUGCUGCUGAUAGCGAAAGAGCCAGAGGUGGGAAGGAAGUGAGCUCUGACGUCUGGAUGAAAGAAACAACUGGCAUUUAAGGAAUGAUAAGAGAGAAAGCGGAGGUUGAGAAGCAGCUGUCAGUCACCUUCCACCUGAUGCCCUUUUCUCUGCUGCCAUAACCAUGCCGGGAGGACGUCACGUUUCCAGAGAUGGGUGAUUUCCAGGUGCCACCAGGACACGGAGGAAGAACCGAGUGACCACCGUGGGGAGAGCUGGGCUUCCCAGUCCAAUUCAGAUGUUGCACAAGGGUAUUUUCCUUUUUUAUUGGCUCUGAGUUCAGGACUCGUGUGUGAGUCCCACACGCUGUGGGGCAGGAGAGCGUGUGAUCCCAGCCCACGCCCUCCUGCCUAGAAGGGAAGUCGGUAGGAGGAUUUAUUCGGUGGAAAGGACCGGCACAGGCACCUUUGAAGUAACUGCUAAUCCGUGUAACCACGGAAAUUUUUGCAAAGGCUCCUUGGAGACCACGGGCAGACCGCUAGCAGGUCAUGUCAGUUCAUCCAGAUCUCCACCAGCGCUAUGUGCGGGCCUGCCAAAACCUGGGUCAACCUGAAAACCCUUUCAUUGCUGAUGUGCUUCGAGAAGCCAAUAAAAAUGACAAAAUCAGAGGGACAAAAGGGAUCACGUUAAAAAUAGCUGGAAAUAAUCAUCUAGUGCCUGUGCAGAGAGUUACAGAUGAUGAUCUUCGAGUUCUUGCCUCUGUCUUACGCGAUACAGUAUUUGUCACAGGUUUGGAUCUUAGGUGUAAUGUAUUGACUGAUGCUGGAGCAAAGCACAUGGGAACAUUCCUCCAGGAAAACUCCACUCUGCAGUACCUUAACCUGAUGUUUAAUGACAUUGGCACAAGUGGAGCAGAGCUGAUAGCGAGAGCACUCCACAGGAAUGAAACUCUCUUGUAUUUGAGAAUGACUGGAAACAAAAUAGGAGACAAAGGUGGGAUGUUCUUUGCUUCCAUGCUACAAAUUAAUUCAACCUUAGAGAAGCUGGAUCUUGGAGACUGCGAUAUGGGUACGCAGUGUCUAACAGCCAUAGCAACAGCCCUGACUCAGAACAAAUCAGUCAAAGCAAUAAACCUAAAUCGUCCUUUACUGUACAGCCAAGAGGAAGAGACCACAGUUCAUGUAGCUCUGAUGUUGAGAAAUAACUCCUCUCUUGUGGAACUACAUUUGUGCAAGCAUGAAAUGAAAAACUUCGGUGUAGAGCGAUUGUGUGAAGCAUUGAACGGAAACUCCAGCCUGAGAUACCUUGACCUUAGCUGUAAUAAAAUAACCCGUGAUGGUGUAAAGUUUUUGGGAGAGCUACUGAAACGGAACCAAACCCUGGAAAUCUUAGAUCUUAGUGCAAACCGAAUAGAAGAUGAUGGAGCCAUCUACCUGAGCGAAGCCUUGGCUUUGUGCAACAGUUCUCUUCAGGCGUUGUCAGUAGUAAGCAACAACAUAAGUGGCAAAGGACUUGUAGCUCUUUCAGAUGCAAUGAAAACAAACGUGGAACUUUCCUAUAUUUACAUUUGGGGGAACAAAUUUGAUGAAGCCACCUGUAUGGCAUUUUCAGAAUUAAUUCAGACGGGUCGCUUGAAACCUAAUUGUACAGACGUGGAACCGUAUGAAGUGGAUGGGCACGUUCGCCUUGCUGAGCUCUCCCACGGCCUGAAGAAGCAUUACUACUGGACCCCGAGUUGUGGGGAGGUGACCAACAACGACGCUAAUGCCAGUCUGGCAAUCGCAGCCGUUUCAGAAUACUUCGUCAAGAUCCCGAUCUUUGUGGUUCUUCAGUCUUAAAUGGCAAGCCUAAGUAAUCCUUCAGGUGCUACAUCAGCAACGGAAGCUAAAAAAGAAAAUGGGGAGAGAAAAGGGAGAAAUGCCAAACAAACGGGGGGAAAAAAAAAACCAAAUGGAGAACUUCAUCCAUUGUCCUUUGCCAGCAUUAUGAAGGACAUCAGCUGUUCAUAAACGCUGUAGUACAGAUGAGCAAAGCACAUCAAGGUCAGGCAGGUGUGGCAGUAAUUAGCUUCAGCAGAUGGGGUUGGAGAUGCUUGUGUUAAUAAUGUUCCUGGUGGACAUGGCUGUACUCCUUGCUGUCCGUGGGAGACUUGAUCAGCAAAUUGGCCGUAUAUUACAACAUAAAAUACAAUCAAGAAGCAGAGUUUUAAACACGCCACACACUAAGAGGAUCAACACAAAGAAGCGAAAGGUCUCCUACUUCACAAGUACAAACAUACAGGAAGAGGCGGGGAGGGAGAAUCUGUAGGAGUAAAGGGACUGUUUGCAGAAUAUUUAAAUGAAACCCUCUGAGAAAUUUUUCACAGGUCUGUUUAAUUAAGGUGCAGAUUAAUUAUUACUCCAUGUAGAACAGAACCAGUUAAGAGGUAUCUCCAUGCUCUUCUAUUUAUCAGUGUCUGGACACAAGGCAUCAGUGGAGAGAAAAUGCUAGCACCAAGUAAAUGACCAACAAAUAAUAUCUUUAAAUGCAUUGUUGGUACAGUAAUGACUGUUUCCUUACUAUUUGAUGAUUACUUCAAUAAUGCUUACAUUAUGUUAAUGGCACAAACUGGCAAAACGGAGUAUAAAAGCACUCCUAUUGUCAACUAGUCUUUAAUGACCUUACCAAGACACUAAAAAUGUGGCUUUUUAAUAAUUUACGUCGGUAGUAAUAAAACACACCUUUACAUGAGUCUUGCCAGAUACCAGUUGUGUGCAGUUACUGUGGACAAGUGACACAAGAGGUAAAGCAAUACAUAAAUCCUUCACUUAAACCAAAUUGGUCAUACUCUAACAAAACCUUGCCUGGAAGAGCAUCGAUCUGCUCUGUUGUGUUCUUCUUUAGUGCCCCCUCACGUAGCAUUCGCUUAUUAUUUUCACAGUGAAGGGCAGGAUUUAUUUCCCCUUCUGCACCUACCGUCUAGGACAAGAAGCAGCACUACUGUAAAAAAGAAUUAUGAAGCUAUGAUUCAUGCCUCACAAUUAUGUCAAGGCAUCUUUUCAUCUCACCUACAACAUGCGUGUUCCAGCUCUCUUUUUGAGCAAAUGUUGGCGUUUGUGCCAAAACCAGGGCAUUUUAGGGAUGGGAAAAUAAAUGUGGGAUAAGAUGCAACAAUGCUCGAUUCACUUGAAAAAGGAAAGAAAAAAAGGAAAGAGUGAUGCGUUGGAAAGAAUACCCAGUAGUAUCUAUGCCAUCAGAACCCUCUGACUUCCCCCACUACAGGGAAAAAUUAACUCUCCUUUACCUGCUUUGCCAGGAAAAUAUACACAAAACUUGCCUUCCCUCUGGUCAGACCUCAGCUGAAGAUGGUUACUUCUGGCAGCCAGCAGUAAUCCUCUGCAAGCACCUCACCAGAGCACCGGCCUACCUUCCAUCACGUACCGUUGUAUCACCUUGGCAUGCAGGAGUACAAGCUUGCCAGUACAUUCAAAUGAUGAUUUUCCCCCUUACGCCUCUGGGUUAAUGUUCUUAAACUAUCAAAUAUGGCUUAAAACGUCUGCUCUCAAAUGACUGUGUGACACAUCCCAUCAGCAGGAACAUGGGAGGAGAUCUCCAAAAUACAUUAACAUAUUUAACAGAGAAUUCUUAAGGCAGGUGUUGCUGGAAAGGUUUCGUCUCCUGGAAAUCAGUGUUAAUUGCAAAUGGAAAUUUGAUUGUAGAUGAGCACAAUUCAACGAAAACCAAAAGACAGCACUGCGCGAUGGAAAUGCCUUACAAGUGUCUUUACGGGGCGGGGGGAAGAACGAGUCCGAUUUAAGAAGCCUGACUGCUUGCUUAUGAUCAUUUUACCAAACGUAUGCAAGUUCACUACCAAAUUACCUUGAUGGCUCUGGCUGUGCUGUCAGUAUAACUGCUGCAAGAAAAUAAACUGAGGUUCUGAAUAUCCAGUCACAGCAGAUCUUAGUAAUGUUUCUGAUGAAGGCGACUGACCACCCGUCACGGGAAGCAGCAUCUGAUGGUCUUCAGUCCCAAUGGGAAGAGGAAGUGCUAAAGACAUCUCGGAGGGUUUCACAUCUAUGGACUCCGAUAAAGGACUCUUCUGACUCUGAAUGGAUUCUUGUUCAUUGAAAGAAUUAUCAAGUGCGUUAGAAUCAGGGGGAGUUUCAGAUCCUGGGGGAAGGGAGAGAGGAAAAAAAAAAAAAAAAAAAAAAGAAAUGUUCAAAAGCUCCUGUGCAAAUUCUGAAAAUUCCCUUUCAAAUGACUGUCAAAACAACCACUUGGUGUGUCAGAGACUGCCUGGGCAGCUGGGCGAUCCAUGGCUUCAACGUGCCCCCAAGCCAGAAUGAGCUGUAAAUACAAUGUAAGCACUGAGAAUCACAUCCUCUGCUGCUUGUAGCACGACAACUGGACCGAUGAUGCGUUCCAGCCUGAUCUCUAUUUGACGUGGUACAGAAGAUAACAAAUCCUUAACAUCACAGCGAAGCAGCUUUGGAAAAAAUGUAAUUAUGAAAGUUUCCUUGACACUUUCCAGCCCAGAAAAAUCUUAAGAACCACAGCCACAUCUAAGCAUCCUCUUUUAACUGAGAUAACAAUGUACAAUACAUCAUUUACCCAUAAAGUUCUUUGGAAGAAAACCUUUUUUAUCUCCAUUCCAGCCAGAGCUAGUACAGUUUUUAUCCAGUCACUUGAGAAAUUACUUUCUAUUCUUAACUGACAUCGCUGUUAGUGGAUUCCUCACGGCCUUCCUGGUUGAAUGCAGCCUGCCACCGCUCUUGGACAGCUUUCUGAUUAAGCCACAUCAGGUAUUUGACCCUUCCUCUAUCAAAGUGUGCUCUGAAGCGGGUUACUUCAGCAGUGAAGCUCUCCUCUCUGCCUUCUCCCUCCCCGUGAGAGCUGACCUGCCUUGGCCGCUCUCCCAGCUCAGCCCUCAGGCUCCGCCAGGCCCUCCCGACCCGCACUGCUGCUCUCGCCUCACCCUUGCUUCCACCGCCUUCCUGCUGCACUGGGGCCUGCCUAAACAGGGCUUCUCGAGCUUCUGACAUUCAAAGCUGCCUCUGCACGUGACUCUUGCCUUCUCAUCCUCUCCCUCCCAGUCCAGACGUACACAGACACCUACUACUCCUUUUUCCACAUGACAGAGGCAAGGGCAUGGUGGUUAAUACACUUAAGGAUGGACAGAUAACGAGGUGUACGGAGCCAGCACUGAAAGAGGCCGGCUAUCUGAACGCCUCUGCUUUGGACCACAGGCAAGUAACAUAUGUCAAAGUUCUUCCUAAUCAAAAUCUGGUUUCUAGAACAGGAAUUAAAUGUAUUUGAAAGUCUUUUUAGAGCAGUAUUCACAGCUGGGAGCGUUUUGCUGGCUGUCUGAUCUUGCAUUUGCUAAUCCAGCUCAGAUUUGGAUUGACAUUGACUGCAUAUAUAUAAAAAAAAACCCUUUCCCUGUCACAUUAAAAAUAUUUGUGCCUUCAGGAUGUAAAGUAAUUCCUGUAAUCAGUAUGUCUUGUUCACCUCAGUUAAUUACCCUCAUAAAGACACACCUCUCUGACAUAUUCAGAAGAGGUAAAAAACUUCCUACAAUUCAGACCAUGCCUUCACGUGGGAACUCUGACAAGUUACUAAGACAAGAAAGUAAAUAUUCACAUGCAGAAAUUCUUGUCAGCAGCAAUUCACUUCUAUGUUGCUCAACACGUGUCUGCGAUAGCAAUGCAAAUGCCUGACAAUUUGUCUUGAAUCUACUUUAAAGCAUGUACUUUAUGCUUUAAAAGGUUUGGGUAACUCUAAAGCAGAUGCUUUUGGCUCUAAAAUCUUUUAUUUUCUAAUUUUAGGCCUGGAUGAGCAAAGAAAAAAAGGUUAAUCAGCACUAAAGACAAAACAGUUGAUGUAGUUUCUUAACCUUUCUUUGCACAAGGAACUCACCUGUGUGAACUUUUGUUUUGUGCUUUUUAAGAUUUUUAAUAUCUGUAUAAGAAUUUCCACACAUUUCACAGAUAAAUGGUCUUUCACCUGAAAAAAAAUUGGUUUGGCAGUUAGAACCACCUUGAAAUGGAAAGAAAACACAGUUAGAAAUGUAGGAUAAUGGAUUUCAGUGUCGUAUUUUAAAAUGCAACUUUGUAACUCUUACUUUGUCUGUGUGUCCAUACUCAGAAUAAAAUUGUUUCUAGAAUAAUAGAUUAAAACGAAGCAAAACCCCCCAAACAUUAGAAGUAAAGCCACGAUCAUGCAUCAGCACCUAUGCUGUUAACAGAUUUUAGUCUGAAAAGGCAAUUAAACAAGAUUUCACAAAUAUUUUCUUUAAAUUAUGUUAACAUAGAGAUAGAUAAAUUAAGAAGCUCUGCUACUUUCAAGUACAGCACAAUAUGGUGUAUUUUAAAGGCAAAAGGGUAAAGGUAGAAUAGAAUAUUAUUUAUAGCGCAGGAAGCAGCCUGCCUGGAAACUGACCUGUAUGGGACCGAAAAUGUUUAUUGAGCUCUCCAGAGGAAAUAAAACUCUUUUCACAAAUGCCA